AUGGCUGCAGAGCCACUGACUGAGGUGGAGACAGCCAUUGACACGUUGGUUACCGCCUUCUUCACCUUUGCAAGGCAAGAGGGCCGGAAGGGCAGCCUCAACAUCAAUGAAUUUAAGGAAAUGGCCACUCAGCAGUUCCCUCACCUGCUCAAGGACGUGGGCUCCUUGGAUGAGAAGAUGAAGAGCUUGGAUGUGAAUGGGGACUCAGAGCUCCGGUUCAAUGAGUACUGGAGGCUGAUUGGGGAGCUGGCCAAAGAGAUCAGAAAGGAGAAGGAGACUCAGAAGAAGUCUGGCUGCCUGGGAUAA